AUGUGCGAAUUGGUGUUGCAAGAGUGGAAAUACAUUGAUGAAUCAGCGAAACAUAGAGAAUUGUUUUUAAAAUUGAUUGAAUAUGGACGCAAUUCCAGUGUUGAGGUUAAAGAGGUGGGCAAUGUACGAGUAAUUUUCUCAAAAGAGUUUUGCAUUGGUGAAGGAAGUGGUGCAACCCGUGUUUAUCUUGGACUGGAAGAAGAUACUGGAACGGAGUAUGUCUACUUAAUAUUAGACUUAUGUGAAGAGUCGUUGGAGAGUUAUGUGAAAUCUACUUUGGAAGAUCUUCAAAAAGUUCUUCCCAAAAUUCUCAGACAAAUUUUGCGAGGAUUAGCUGAUCUCCAUAGUGGCGAAAAUCCUAUUGUUCAUCGGGACUUAAAGCCCAGCAAUGUUCUCCGAGACACAAAAGGCAACUUUCUGAUAGCUGACUUUGGCAUUAGUCGAAUAUUGAAGAAAGGUUCUACAACACAUAAUAGCAGUCCUAACAAAGGAACGGAGUAUUGGAUUGCUCCUGAAUCAUAUAUAGAAGAUGAAGAUUCAUUUGAUAAAGCGCGUUACAAAAGAAGUUCUGAUGUAUAUGUAAGUGUAGAAAUACUGGACAACAUGCUAAAUGGAAACCCUGUUGGUUUGAAAGAAAUCAAAGAUGAAACACUAAAGGACCUUCUGUCGUGGAUGUUAAAUCUAAAACCUGAGAACAGACCAUCGGCUAGCGAAGCAUUAAAACAUCCAUUUCUUAUAUCGGAUCACGAGAAAUUUGAUUUAUUAUGUAAUGUUGGAAAUCCUCAGAAUUAA